AUGUCACGGGCUCGCGGUUUAUACUCGUGGCAGCUUUUCGCAUCGAUCCUGGUGCUAAGUUUGGCCAGCAUCGUUCAGGAAGGAUGGACAAAAAGUGUUUCGUCGGACUGCUUCCCGCUGACGUUUAUCCACAUCAACGAUCUGCACGCAAGGUUUGAUGAGACGAGCCAGAAAUCGACCGAUUGUACCAAGCCGCAGGAAUGUAUUGCCGGCAUAGCGCGGGUGUAUCACACGAUCAAGAAGCUAAAAAAAGACUAUGAAAAGCUGAACCCACUCUAUCUCAAUGCGGGCGAUAACUUCCAGGGCACGCUGUGGUAUAAUCUGCUGCGCUGGAACGUGACGGCACACUUGAUCAAAAAGCUGCCACCGGACGUAAUGACUCUCGGCAACCAUGAGUUCGAUCACAGUCCGAAAGGCCUUGCACCGUACCUGGCAGAGCUGGAGAAGAUGAAUAUUCCUACCGUUGUAGCUAAUCUUCAGAUGAAUGGAGAGCCGGACCUGAAGAACUCCAAAAUUAACUCUAGCAUUGUGCUGAAAGUUGGUCAUCGAAAGGUUGGAAUAAUCGGAGCUCUGUACGAUAGGACACAUCUAGUGGCACAAACGGGCAAGGUGACACUGUCCAACUCUACCCUCGCCGUCCUGGAAGAGGCCAGAAAGUUGAAACAGAAGAACGUGAACAUAAUCGUGGUCCUGUCUCACUGUGGCCUGGACGUUGACAAACAGCUAGCAAACGAAGCUGGGGAUCUGAUCGAUGUUAUCAUAGGUGCUCACUCACAUUCGCUGCUGCUGAACAAAGACGCGAAUGUGCCGUACGAUACGAAGUACGAUAAAAUUGAAGGCGAUUAUCCGAUUGUAGUUGAGAAGCAGAAAAACCAUAAGGUUCUGAUCACUCAGGCACGUUCCUUUGGCAAAUACGUAGGCCGGUUGACGGUGUACUUUGACAAGAAAGGCGAGGUAGAGCGCUGGGAAGGUUAUCCAAUCUACAUGAACAAUUCGGUCAAACAGGACGACGAUGUUCUGCGGGCCCUAGUACCGUGGCGUAAUGAGGUGAAGCGUCUGGGAUCGCAAGAGAUCGGACAGAGUGAAGUGUUUCUGGACCGAGAGUCAUGCCGCUGGUGUGAGUGUACGUUGGGUGAUCUUAUUGCUGAUGCAUUCGCUGAUAAUUAUACAACCAACGCAGUCAAGCCGAUUGCGAUCAUACAGGCUGGAAACUUCCGAAAUCCAAUUCCAAAAGGAGCAAUCACAAACGGUUUGGCGAUCGAAGCUGCCCCAUACGGAUCGUCGGUUGAUAUGGUGAAGCUUAGUGGUGAAGAUCUUUGGAAGGCGGUCGAUCAUUCCUUCACACUGGAUGACGAGUUCCGGUUAAACACGCUGCAGGUAUCUGGCAUAACGGCGGUAGUUGAUCUUUCCAAAAAACCGUACGAAAGAGUUCAAAGUAUUAAGGUUAUCGGUGCCGAUGGGUCACAGACACCGCUGGAUAAGCAACAGUUCUAUUACGUCGUUGCACCGUCCUAUCUGGCCGAUGGAAAGGAUGGAUUUCAAAUGUUGACAAACGGUAAGGAACGCGUAACGGGACCACUGGAUUCGGAUGUUCUGAUCGAGUACGUGCGGAAGAAAAAGACGAUCACGAAGGGUAUGUUCCAGCAGCAGCGUGUGGUGAUCGAGAACCAUACGAACGGAACCUGCUCGUGGGAUACGGAUGGAGAGAGAUUUAAGCCCAAAUAG